AUGGCAACUUCAAUGCAAUUCGGUCCCGAGUGGAUGCGCAAAGGUCCUAACAGCAAAUCGGGAGGAAAAGAAACUUCCAUUUCGACCACAACUUCAGCUGCUACCAGCCCAGGCACAGGCACUGUCGCUGGAAACGCCAUCGCCGGCAACGGUAGCACUGGCGCCAAUGCUGGCGUUGGCAAGCGCAAUGGCGGAUCAAACGGGCUUGGAAACUUGUCUGGUCCAACACCUGUUGUCAGUCCCGCGGUGAUCAGUCCAGGCGCAUUCUCGUUUGCUGCCGCUGCGGCUGCGGCCACCGCGCAAACCUCGAAUCGAAAUGGCACGCAUUCUUCUGCUCAGCAUGGCACCUGGAGCGGUCACGACGGCGAUGGCUCGGCGGCUUUGCUCAAUGGAAGCUCGGCAGCACUGGCAAAGGACAAGGUGACACGCGAAAAGCUGUUGAGCUUGUAUAGCUCGGACCGUACUAGCAAGGUACCUAGCGCAGAGCCGUCGCCGGUGGAUUCGGUUGCGCCUGGCGCUGGUUCCGGUUCCGGUGCUGAGCAUCCCGCCAGCACCUCCCGCAGAAAAGGCGCAUCUGAUCGCCGCCCGUCUGCCUUUACCGAGCUUGGUGCUGUGGGCGGUGGUCCCCUCUCACCCGGCCUGAAUGCGAAUGAGCCGCGUGGACUCAACGCACGCUCUACCUCGGGCAGCUCGACGGGAGGUUUUGGAUCUGCGGUUGGCUCGACCUGGGACAAGGCGGAAAAGGAGCGUCCGGGUCUCUUCCAGCGCGCUUCAAGUGGCGCUUUGGCUGGUGUGACAUCCAACUCUGGCUCUCGUCCUCUCUCGCCUUCGGUCUCGCGCGAUCGCUUUAGCGGCAUCCAAGGCGGCGUUCUCUCGGCUGUUGCUCCACCCGCACGCAAGAGGAUGGACAGCAGCGACGGUGCUGCCGGCACUGUAGACGCUCCUCGUUCCGGCCGCUCGCUCAGAGGUAGUCAGGACGAGAUCAGCGCCUCGCAGACCACCAACGGUUCUGCCGCAACAGGCUCUUGGGGUCGCUCGACGCAGAAUUCGACGGCACAUCCCAAUGCUGUGGGCACUGGAGGCGGUGUGCUGGGUGCCUUCUCGGAUGCUUUCAGCUCAAAUCGCGUGAGAGGCCGCAAUGCAUCGGCAGCUGCCGAUGCGGCUCCUCUUACUGCUGCUUCCGCCGCGCCGCAUUCGACCGACUGCUCCCAGCCUUCGCAGCCCAUCGUACCCAGUGGAAACUCCGAGGGACUCAGCAUCUCUGCUCGCUUUGCGCGUCACAAGGAUCGUCUGCCCGGUGAAGGCCCCAUCGGGCCUCCUUCCGAUGGUAGCAUCGGCUUUGGUAAGUCUUCCGGCUUGGACCGCCGACGCGAGCGCCAGACCAGUCAAGCUAGGCUCCUGCAGCCCCACGCUUCAAAAGGCGACAAUGCCGCAGCCAGUAUUGGCUCCGCUGUGGGCGUUACUGAUGCAGGCCAGGACCCCACUGAAGGUGCCAUCGUCGAGACCCAGGCGCCUGUCAAACAGAACGCGGGGACAGGCGAAUCCACCCUUGGCAGCGACGAUCCAGACCUAGCUCAGCACGCUUCGGCCGUGCUGGGUUCACUCAAACUUGAUGAAGACGACAGCCCCGCCCUGCCUUCCGCUUCUGCUCUCGCUCCAGAACAAAACUUGGCAAACAAUGCCGACGACUUUCCUCGAGAACGCGACGUCAGAGAUCACUUUGAUCAAUCUCAUCCGCACCAUUCCAGCAACAUGCCACUCCCAACCUUGCAGUCGGCCACGUCCUGGUCCCCAGAAACAUCCUUGUGGCUCUACAGAGAUAUGGCCGGCAACGUGCAAGGUCCGUUCAGCAGUCUCAUGAUGCAAGAUUGGUAUUCGCAGCAAUACUUUGCCGACGAUCUGCUCGUCAAGCGUCACGAGGAUGUCGAUUUCAAGCCUCUCGCCCAAGUGGUUGCUGGUGUUGGCAACGCUCUUCAGCCCUUUCUGAUCCCGCCCAUGGCCUGGCUUCAUCCCCCAGCGCUGGCUAGGUCGGCCUUUGACCCCAAAGCGGGCGCCAGUGACAGCUUGCUUAGCAACGAGCAGAGUCGCUUCACUGACUCUUUCGAUCGGACCUGGCCAGGUCAAAGCGGCAGGCCGCAGCAACAGUCGCAGCAGCUCCAGCAACAACAGCACCAGUCGCACCAACAAGGUUGGCCUGCUCCUUUGAAUCUUGGUGGUCUAACAAACGUCGCUCCCUCGCCCGCAUCGCCGUUUGGACGCCACGACAUUUUCUCGGCUGGCCAGUCCGGACUGCGCAACCAGGACGACCUCAUUUCCAUCCUUCGCGAACGUGAGCUGCACGAGCAGCGUCAGGCUGCGGCCGCUUCUGCCUCGCGAGGUCCUGGUGGAAUGCAUCUCGGCCAACUCGACAGCUUCGGCGCCGGACUUGGUAGAUCCGGAUGGGGCAACGAGUCGGCCAUGCCACCAUCACACUGGGGUGCUGGCAUCGGACACGGCGCUCUCGGUCAGUUUGGCGACGUUGGUCUCGGCGGCCAUCAAAGCCCACACGUCGGCGAUCGGCCUGUCUUUGAAAGUUUUGGACAUCAGCAGAGGCAAAACUUUGAUCAGAACGGCAGCCCAUGGAGCAACAAAGCUUCGCUCAACGCUCCCCGUUCUCAACUCGACUCGAUGCGUCCCGCCCAGCAUGGACAAUGGGGCGAGCAGCAAGCGCCUUGGAACUACUCGGCAACCACACCCGAUGUGAGCAACCGUCAGAUCGACUUCAGCGAAGCUGUCCUGCGCAACGAAGCGAUUAAAGCCGCCGACCCGAUCGGCACGCCUCGGCGCGCCCGAUCACCUGCGCCUCAGCACGAUCACGAUGUGACCCAAGCUCAACAACAGGCUGGCGAGCACAUCGACGAACUGCACAAGUCGUUCGAGAACGCUUUCCCCGCUCCUGCGCAGGAAGCGCAGAACUCUGUCGACAUGCCAUCGGUUGCAUCAUCUGCUGCCGCGCCUGGCGUUACUAGCGAUGACCUCGAAGUCAAGGCUCCUAAGGAAACAGAGCUCGAAGCAAUCACCGAGGCGGACAAGACUGCUACAACCCCGCAGAACAAGUCGAGCAAGAAGGAAACUCAGAAGGCGACGGCGGCUGCUGCUGUUGCUGCCGUCAGCCCGACUAUCAGUGCGGCUCAGGAUGCGCCCGUGACCGCAAAGUCGAUCGAUUCUGAAAUUCCUCCUCCCGAAGCUUUCACCACGGGUGAGCCUCGUCCCGAAGAGCUGUGGCCGCAGUCGCCGAAAGCGGUGGAAUUUGCCCCCGAACCCGAGCUGUCGAGCGUGCCUGCUCUGACCAUUUCGUCCAACAAGUCGGCCAAGGAUUCCAAGCGCGAGUCGCGAUCUGGAUUGCAGCGACAAAGCUCAGAUGUGUCUCGGAUUGUGUCGGGAAGCGGUGAGCCGGCUAAUCGGGCUGCUGGUGCUGCUGCGCGAUCGACGGUUUCGGGUAAUGUGCGCGUCGUUUCGCAGGAGCAGUUCCGACGAGGCACCCCGAGCGCUUCCACUGCCACACAGCAGGUGCCUCUUUCCGACUGGAUCAACGAUGGGUCUAGCGCCGAACCGAGCGCUCCUGCUAGUCGGCCAGCUCCGUGGGCGGCUGCUAAAGACGAAGCACCGCAGCCGACGGGACCCAGUCUGCGCGAGAUCCAGGAGGCCGAGGCUAAGCGCGCCGAAGCCAAGCGCGCAGCUGAAAAGGCGGCGGCUCGCGCGCGUAUGGCUGCGUCGCCUAGCGCUGUUGAGGAUUUGCCCACGACGUUGAGCUGGGGUCUUGCCUCGGCGCCGGCUUCUGCUUCUAAGAACGUCAGCAAUUCCGCUGCUACCAGCAGCGGUAGCGGCGCAAACGAAGCUGCGCCGGCUGCUCCUGCUCCGUUUGCACCUGCUUGGAAUGCCGGCAAAACCGCACCGAAAAAGACGCUCAUGGAGAUCCAAGAGGAAGAAAGGAAGCGAGCCGAGAAACUCAAAGCUCAGCAGUCGGCUCAGGCGAUCGCUCUGCGUAAAGGAUAUGCGGAUUCGGCUAGCCGUAGCACGUCGGCGUCGAAUUUGCACGGCUCUGUGGUGGGUUCCAGCACGAAUGCGGGAGGAGGAGGUGCGUGGUCGGUGGUUGGUGCUAGUGGCAAGUCUAGCGCUCCUAGCACACCGUCUGGUGGAGCUAGCGCGGGCAGUGCAGGAUACGGCACAUCGACAGGAUCACCUCUGACGACACGAGCACCGACGGCGUCUCGUGCGACAUCGUCGGUGGCUACGUCGUCGGCUGGAAGCGCUUGGUCGGUGGUCGGUGCGAGGGCGUCAAACGCUCCAGCGUCGCCCUCGCCCUUGCCCUCGCCGGCGAGCCGCAUCUCGGCUUCAACAUCGAGCAUGCCAGCAAGCAAACCCACACGUUUGUCCACGGACCCUAACGCUCCAUCUCCGGAAUUCAUAAAGUACUGCAAGGACAACCUACAGGGCCUGACAAUCAAGACGGACGAUUUCAUCGACAUGUUGCUCCAAUUCCCGCUGGAUCCAAGUGGCGACGUGAUCGAGAUCAUCGCCGACACCGUAUAUGCUAACAGCAGCACUCUGGACGGAAGACGCUUCGCCAACGAUUUCGUCACAAAGAGGAAGAUGGACGUACAGGGAAGAGGUGCGGUGGCCAGGACGAAUGGCGCUAUCGGCAACUUGGCCACAUCCAAGUCGGGCGCACCAAAGAAUGCGCACUCGGACAAGUGGCCACACGCCCUCGCAAGCGAUACUGGCUUCAAGCUGGUCAAGGGCAAGGGUGCGAAGGCGAAACGCAGUUGA